AUCCUGCCCGGGUAUUGGGUCCUGUCGGGACAUGGCCGCACACAGAGCAGGGCUGUUCCUGUCCCUGCUGCUGAGCAUCGCCGCGUUCGAGCUGGUGCUGGGGACCACGGCAGUGGGUGUGACAGUGCCAAAAUCCACAGAGCCCCCCGUGUCGCUGCUCAGCACCGCAGCCACCACUCCUCCCUCCAGCCUGGACACAGAAGCCCCCACCUCAGUGACGCCCAGCACACAGACAGAUGCCUCCAUGCUCAGCACUGUGACAAUCCAGGCGACCACCACCUCAAGCUCAACCUCCACAGCCAUGACACAGACCUGGGCUGACACCACCACUGGUGCAUCAGUAGAGACCAGCGCAGCAACAGCUCCCACCAUGCCAGAACAGUCAGAUUCUUCAGCUGAGUCCUCCACAGCCCUAGUGGGCAUCACAACCACCUCCAUCAGCAGCACAGUGCCUCCCAGGAGCACUCUCACUCCCAGCCAGAUACUUGGGAGCACAGCUAGGACCAGCUCUGAUAUCUCCACCAUAACUCUACACACAGGUGCCUUCACACACAGCACUGCAACAACUCAGAUGACUGCCACCACUCCAAGCCCAGAACUUGUCUCCACCACCCCAAGCUCAACCUCCACAGCCAUAGCAACCACAUGGGCUGAGACCAGGUCUGGCACAUCAGCAGGGACUAGCACAGCCCCAGCUUCAACCAUUAAUUUGGCAGCAGCUGAAGCAACUACACUGCCUUCCUCCACCCCCAGCCCUCUGCCCCACACCUCAGUGGACACCACUCUUGGCACAAGUGCCAUCAGCACACCCCUAUGGACCAGCAGUGCCCCAGAACAGUCAGAUUCUUCAACUGAGUCCUCCACAGCCCUGGUGGGCAUCACAACCACCUCCAUCAGCAGCACGGUGCCUCCCAGGAGCACUCUCACUCCCAGCCAGACACUGGGGAGCACAGCUAGGACCAGCUCUGAUAUCUCCGCUAUAAGUCCACAGACAGAUGCCUUCACACACAGCACUGCAACAACCCAGAUGACCACCACCACCCCAAGCCCCCUCUCUACAAUCACAGCAUCCACCUGGGCUGAGAUCACAUCAGCAGGGACCAGCACAGUCCCAGCUCCCACCACACCAGCACACACAGCUGAGCCCUCCACAGCCCUGGUGAACACCAGCAGCAGCAGCAGCAGCACAGUGGUCCCCAGGAGCACCUUCACUCCCAGCCCACCACUGGAGAACGCAACUGAGAGCAGCCCUGCUUUGUCCACCCUGAUUGCAGAGACAUCCCCAACGAGCCCCAGUGCCACCCCAGGGACCACAGCAGUGGGUGUGACAGUGCCAAAAUCCACAGAGCCCCCCGUGUUGCUGCUCAGCACCGCAGCCACCACUCCUCCCUCCAGCCCGGACACAGAAGCCCCCACCCCAGCAAUGCCCAGCACCACCCAGGCGACCAGCAGUGCUGCCUCCACUUCAGCACACACAGCUGCACCACCUGAGCCCUCUACAACUGUGGUAGACACCACCACCAUCUCCAUCAUCAGCACAGUGGUCCCCAGGAGCACCCCCAGUCCCAGCCCACCCUUGGGGAGUACCGCUAGCACCAGCCCUGAUGUCUCCACACUGACCACAGGAACACCUCCAGACACCUCGACGGCACCACAGAGCCCCAAUGCCACCCCAGGCACGGAGCUCUCCCCCCCUACCACCACCUCAGCACAGAGCCUGAAUGGCACCACCAGUCCCUCUGCAGAGCUGUCACCAGCCUGCCCCAAUGCCCCGAGCAAUGCCAGUGCAUCUCAGCUCUUCCUCUCCAUGCAUCUCAUCACUCCUCUGGACAUGGGGAACACCACGGUGCAGGAGCAGCUCCUGGCCAAGAUCCACAAGGACCUGCAGACUGCCUUCCCACAUGCCAGGGUCCUGCUGCAGUGGAGAGGGGAGAAGCUGAUCUGAGCCCAUCACCGGGGGAUGCUGGGCAGGACUGAGCCAUCCUGCACCUCCUGUCCUUGUCUCUCUGGGUAACCCACACAGUCCCAUCUGCUUCCCUGCACCCCAGUACCCCUCUGUGCCCCGUUUUCCACCCCUUCCCACAGCCACACUGCAGCCCCAUAACACUGAUGAUAAAGAAGUAGCUCUACAGCCCCCCACCCUGCCCCAUUAUCACCAUGCAGCAGUGGCCCUGCUGGAAUUCAGGGUAAAGCAGGAGGCUCCAUCAGCCCCCAACCCCCAACAAGCUGUGCAUGCCAUGGGGCCAUGAAAAUCCUGUGGGCUGAGCUCCUUCCCUGUUUUUUUCCAGUCCCUGGUUGAGGAGACGGCCACACCGUCUGCCUCCCCUGCAGCAAAGUCAUUUAUUAACUGAUUAAUUAGCCAGAUAAAAUGAGAGCGAAGCAAUUAUUACUCUAAGCAAGUCACCUCGCAGGGAGAUUAAAAAGUGGAAUAAUGAGCAAAAAUGUUUGUGUUGUUCAUGGGGGAACAAUCCCUUCCUGCAGCCCUGUCCUGCUGGCACCAUAUCCCACCUGGGAAAGGGACAUCUGGGUCUGUGGGACCCAAUCUGGGGACCAUUCCCAGACACUGGUCACCCUGCAGCCAGGGACAAUGGGCAAAGACACCUUGGUGUCACAUGCAUCCAUUUGUCCACUGGGAAAGGCAGUGCACAUCUCCUACACAUCCCAGGAUUGCUCCCAUGUGCUGUAGGGUGCUGCCUGUCUGGUGUGAUGGGAGGUUUUAGGGGUCCUAUCGGGGGACAUAGGGGUCUGUCAGGUCCUAAGGGGAUCCUGGAGGUGGAUAUGGAGGUCAUAUGGAAGAAUUAUUGUGGUCUCUGGGGAUUCUGGAGAGGGAUAUGAGGGUCCUAUAGGUGACUAUGGGGCUCUGUGAGGCCCUAGCAUGGCUAUGGGGUAUAUCUGUAGGAUUCUAGGGGGGUCUUUUUGGGGCUACGGAGCCCUGUGCAGGUCUUGGGCAGUUGACACAAAGGUGCACCAGGGUGCAGAGUUGGGGAGCGGGAUAUUACUUGCUGGAAGGGUCCCCAGCCCCUUUGCUUUGUGGGGCAAUGGGAACUCAUCCUUGUGCUCUGCCCACGCCGUGGCAUGGGGCCAGGAGCCCUCCCACGUUCAGUCCCACCGGGCCGAUUCCACCGCCUGUUGAAUCCAUAAAUUCAGACCCCGGGACGUGGCACGAGGCCAAGGCUGAGACACUGCAGCCAAAGUGCGUCACAAAAGGAGGAAAAGGUCC